AGCUGGGACAACAGCGAUCAUGGCGGAGGUCGGACAAGAAGGGACUAGUGACGAUUUCUCUGUUUUCGUCGAAGUGAAAGAGAAAAUUCAUGCUGCACAUAUCGUACUAGGCUUACAGGACGUCGCUGAAAAAUGCAAAGAAGAUGCAUCCAAGAUCACUGUAACUGUACAACCAGACAGCAUUGAAGUUAACCUAGUAAAAGAUAAAAAGCGACAAUUCAAGGUUCCGAACAUCAGUCUUGUUCCGAACUCCUGUCACAGCUUGCAAUGGAUUCCGGGGGAAGGACUACAUAUGCGGGUACAGACUCGGAGUGAUGAUACUAAUCACAGCCAACCCAUUGAACACAAUGAUGUGAAAAACUACCGCCAUGAAAUAGAAUACCUCGAAAGCGAAAACUGCCAGUUGAGUUGUCGGGUAUGCAAUACUACCUUACUACGCCCAAACUGCCAAUUUGAAAGGGUUCUUCCACUGCCUUCAGAAAACUGGCAAGAACUGGUAGAUGACUGGUGUUGCCAUCACAACGAUACUACUGAAAAGAUGAAGAAGGCUUCCAUGGUUCCCAGAGCAACAGACUGUUUCAUCUCUGAUCUCUAUCUCUCAUUGAAUAUGGCUGCCUUGCGACAGGAUAAAAUUGCAUCUCAGGAAAGUACCCUAGAGACUGAGUUGAAAGAAGGUAUGAAUAUGGUGAUCAUCUGUCAGGUCUGCAGAUGCCCUCUAGGUGAGGCAAAGUUAACAGAUGUCAAGAAAAGACAUCAGCACAUUCAAGAGUUGACAGAGUCUGUUAAAUUUUACAAACACUGCAUAAAUCUGAAUAAAAAUUCACUGCCAUUGGACGUUUUUAAGUCCUAUACACUAGAGAGUUAUUUUGCCCGAUACAUUACAACACAGUCCAGUGUGAAUACCAGCUAUAAGUUCAUUCUGGAGGGACAGGACACUGCCACCAACAACUCUAUUCUGAUUUGGCUGAUGAACACGGACAGUAAAAUUAUGAUGAAUGUCAACUCUAUCAGUCAACACGCAGAGCUGAGCAAACUCAUGGGUUCCAUCAACUAUGAGAGAAAUGGCACUGGAGUAAAGAAGAGUUUACAAACAUACAGUAUUAUUAAAUUGUUUUAUCAGGCGGUUUGGGAUGAGGCAAACAGAAGUGUACUUGACCAGUGGAAGAAAGACAACACAGUUCACAGAUUGUAUCUACCAUCAUAUCUUUGUCAUCAACUUUUACUCUUGCUCAUCAACAACACUCAGCAUUUACCAAAGUCAAUGAGAAACACAGAGAACAAUUUCCAGGUUGGUUUCCUGAAAAUAAAGUGA